AUGCUAACGCACAGCGACAAGCAGGCCGUAAGAGACCCGAAAGCGUACAGGCAAGAAGAGUCCGCAACAGAAUUAUCACGGAACUGUAUUGACACAGUAUUCGACGUUGGUGGUCAACGAUCAGAGAGACGAAAAUGGAUUCACUGUUUUGACAAUGUAGAGUCAAUCAUAUUUAUUACGGCUAUCAGCGAAUAUGAUCAAGUGCUCUUCGAAGACGAGACGACGAAUCGUAUGAUCGAAUCGAUGCAGUUGUUCAACUCGAUUUGCAACAGCACGUGGUUCCUUUCUACAGCUAUGAUUCUAUUCUUGAACAAAAAGGAUCUUUUUAUGGAGAAAAUUAAAAGAGUCAACAUCACCACUGCGUUCCCAGAUUACGAAGGUUAG